AUGGCCACGUCGCCGCCAACAUCGUUCUCUACUAUCAACGACAAGAUCAUGCAAAUCUCCUCCUGGCUCGAAGAACUACCCCCGACGCCCCCGGCAGACGAAGAACGCGGGCUGCUGAAGCGCAAGCGUGCCACUCCAGAGCCCACAAGCGUACACCAGUUCACUACCAUGUCCGCACAUCGUAGUGUCAGCCCUAGCAAGCGCCAGCGGCGGGACUCGGACGACUUGCGACCGGAGCAGAGCGUAUCGGCUGUUGGGUCAAAUGCGCGCCCGCUCAUCUUGGGCAGUUCAACCACUUUUAGCCCGCCCGGCAGUCGUGUAGGCGCCUCAACGCCACGACGCAGCAAUAGCCCAUCGCGCGAGACAAUUGCUGCUUUGAGAGUAGCGUCGCCUCCGAUAACAACGGAACCGCUGGAUGGGGUGGAGUCGGAACCUCCUGCGCGGGUCAUGGCCGUAGUAGCGCGACUCGAGAACGGACUGGAUCAGGGCUGGAUACCGGGGCCGCUUGAAGUGCAAGCACUCAGGGCCGACACAGAUAUCGGUUUCCGAAGAUUCAAGCCUGUCGCAUUCAGCGACACUGCCACCCACAAUCUCUCUGACCCUGACCUUGACCCCACUGCCCGUGCCGAGUUGGAAUACACCUUGAGGAAAGUGAAAAAGAUAUUCAAGAAAGCAUUGCAUUGCCAAACAAGAGGCCGAGACGAAAACGCAUGGUGCGACGAUGUAGUUAGGCCGAUGUCUCAGAACAUUGAUGUCGAGUUCCUCUCGCGCGCCGCCGAUGCAUCGGGCAAGCAGCGCAUCCUUGACCGAAAGGCUGAUUAUACCCUCUCCUACUCGCACGACACGUCACCUUUCGAAGCUCUGUAUGCACGCCUUCUCCAGCACGGAAACCAGUGCAUUAGCCAUACGACCGACGCCUUUACCAAAACCACAGCCGUCUUCUCUGGGGUGGAGGUCAAGCCCUCCGACGGUGACAAGCUCGAGGCCGAAUAUCAGCUUAGCAUAUGGAUGGCGGCGAAUCUGCGCAAGAAAGCGAAACUAGGACGACGUGCGGGGCUACCCGACACGACCUGCCUUGUGGAGCCAGGCUUCACUGUUGUGGGACACGAGCUGUAUUUCUAUAUCGCGUACAUGGAUUCUGGACAAGGCGAAGCGGUGCGUAUUCUAGAGUUUGGCAAUGCCGCGACUAGUAGCAUGUCGGGCGUUUUCAAACAGCUAAGGAUGUGGCGGAACGUCAUAGAAUACGGCCUUGACGAGGGCCUGGAUGGUUUCUGGGGCGGAUUCCUGAAGCCAGUGUUGGAAAGAUUAGCAGCUGGAGACGAAUAG